AUGGGCGUUUCAGCAGCCUUUGCAGCCGAUUCUGAAUGGCCAUUGUGGGACGAUGAGCCUCUAGAUGGUGCUUUCGAGAUCGACUUGCCUGGAGGGGUCAUUGACCAAGGGGUUGUUUCGAGUGUUACACGGCCAUGGCUAUUCGGAUACAAGCCCAAGAUGUCCAACGGGCGCGCCAUCCUCAUCCUCGGUGGUGGUGGCUAUGUUGAGCUGAUGGCUGGCAAAGAGGGAGUCGUGGUCGCCCGUUGGCUUGCGUCACUCGGUUUCGAGGCUUUCGUGCUUGUUCAUCGCUUUCCUACGGCUGCCACAGGACCUCAAGCUCCAAUUGAUGACGCAAGACAGGCGUUGCGAUUGAUUAGCGAUCGGGCCGAUGUGCCAAAAGGAUUGGCAGUCUGUGGUCUAUCAUCUGGCGGUCAUCUUGGCUCGGCGCUGCUCGCCGAGUACCCGGCUUCUUGGGUCUCUACCGCAGGAGGGCCAGUGCCGAAGCUGGACUUUGCUAUCAUUGGGUAUGGACCAAUUUCCACAAACGCAGUUGGACAUACUAUCAUCCCGAAUAAGGCCCCUCUUGAACCUCCCGCAAAACAGGCGCUUUACGACACUGUCAUCCCGGAUCAGCAAUUAUCGAAUCUGGCACCGCCAACCUUCAUUGUCUACUCUAACAACGAUCCCGUCGUUCCUGUGGUCAACGCCUACCGUCUGGCGCAAUCCAUACAGGCGGCUGGAGGCCCCGUUGAGCUUCACGUCUUUGCUGACGCGCCACACGGAUUCGCUCUGAAUACUGGAUCUGAAGUACCCGUCUCAAAGUGGCCCUCUUUGUGCGAGGCAUGGUUGAGACAGUUGGGUGUUUUGGAGUAA